AUGGUCUACUUCGCCACCGACGCCGAGAUCAACCAGGCCUAUACCCCCCUUAUUGGCGUGUACGACUACGUCUGCCAUGCGCAAUAUCCUGACACUGACAAGGCGCUGGCCCUUGCGAAUCUCAGCGCAGGUGAGAGCGUACUGGAGGUUGGAGCAGGCGGAGGCCGCCUCAUCGCCCGGGCAAAGAGGACAGUAGGCAGCGGCUUUUGUGUCGCAGUAGACGCCGUGCAGGGCUUUGUCUCGACUGAUAUUCCGUGGAUGCUUCAGCAGCAGGGACUUGCCGCCAGUCCAAGUGGCACGCCUGCCACCCAGGUCCAUUGCUUGUGCGCCAAUAUUACCAGCUCCAACUUUGCCAACACAGUGCGAGCGGUGCCUGGCGCACCUCAGCAGUUUGACUGCAUUGUCGCCGUUCACCUCUUUACAACGCUGGCUCCCUCCCAGCGUCGCCAGGCCCUUGUCACUCUCCGGCAGCUGCUCUCUCCCUCUGGCCGCCUUGUCCUCAACAUGUCGGCCCGCUUCACGAAUUCAUCGCUGCAGCCUGCUAACGCCGCUCUCCCUGUACAAUUUCGCAACGGCCCUUACACAGAGACAGCAGGAGCAACCAUCUAUACCCUGCUCAUGCGAGACGGCCCCCGUGUUCCGAUACCAGGAGCAAGUGCUACCGACCUGCCGCGCAAAGUGAUUGAGCUCACCUACCAAACCGCGCCUAAUCGACUGUGGACGGUUGCAGCAGCUCAGGCGAGGGAGGCUGCUGAGGAUGCUGGCUUCUCCGUUAGCAAGAUUGAACCGAUUGGCAAGGGCGACGACUUUGGUCUGCCCGAUGGUCGACACUCCCUGACCCACGCUGAGCUCAGGGCCAUGAACAUAGAUCAGUUGGUGGCAACAGCUAAGGAGGGUCCUAUCCCGAGACGAUACAACUGUAUGGGCCGUACUGCAGAGGCGUAUACAAGUCGCAUCAUCAAAGGCUGGGAGGGAAUGGGGCCGCAAGCUCGCGAUUUUGCCUUAGCUAAAGGCUUACAGGAUUUCGUGGCUAAGGAGCAACAGUCUAUUGCCUUUGAUGACUCACUUUAUUCUCAGGCAGGCGGCCCUAUUAGGGGCAAGAGCCUUGACGUAGCCCAGGUUGGUGUCUUACUGCGCUUGACGAAGAUGUAG